GAGCCAGACAGGCGACAAUGGCACCACAUCGUUGCCGAGUGUUGCACGCACAAGUACACGGACCCGGCGGAGACGGAUGAAGUUCAAACGGAACGUAUUGCCAGGUUUUUGUCUCAAGAUGGGCUCCGAGGCGAGGCUCCACGCAUGAGAAUCGACCACGUUUAUGCCGCUCGGAGUCGUUUGCGGCCAGGGGGAGCCACCGGCGGUGACGAGGUCGCCGUGGAGAUGCUCUUCGAACUCUCGGCCGUCAGCGUGGAGAAGGUUUCCCAGAUGUUCGAGGCCCGCUACGUGGGGGGAGUCGGACUGACAGUAACUAGUUGGACAGAAGUUCUGAUGACAUUCCUUGCCAAAGAGACCCGCUCGACCAUGAUGCGACAGCACAGGGGCGUGUCUCUCUUGUCGUGUAUGCUCAAAGGGUACACGAACGUCCUUCUGGCCAUCGCAGAGGAGCCGCGCACUGGAGAGAAAUUUCGGGAGGUGGCUGCUUUCGGCUUUGUGGCAGACAAGUGUUGCAGCCAGAUUGUCGGCCCCAUCCGGAACAUCUUGAGUAAAGCGUGCGAGUGGCCGGACCGACACCCUGCAGUAAUCCUUUCUGGCGACGUGCUGAUGGCAUUCGACUUCUUGGCUCCCCGGGAGGUUGCGCACACCCUGCAGGACCACGAGUUUAACGGGCGCCUGUCCGCUGGACUUCGGGAGGGUCGAGGCCUCGAGCUACGGCCCCUCUUCCGGUUCCUGGAGGAGGCCCCCGAGAUCCGUCUUUUCAUGGUGAUCAGCCCCACGGCGACAGUGGACAACUGGGACUUCGUUCUGGAUAUGCCUCUGCCAGCGGACACCGUACUCGCGCCCGUCCCCGACGAAGUGCAGAACGUCAGGCCGGUACCUCUGGGAGCUCUCCCCGAGAUGCCAGUGCCGUCGUUGUGGGGGACCGUCCGCGUCCCUUUGAGGCAGCAGAUCGACCUGUUGGGCAUUUGUCUUACGGCGACUGGGUUUUCUGAGGCGGCAGUGGAGCAUCGCAUCUCCCGGGCGCUGAAGGAACGCUUCGUCUCGGACGCCAUGGACAUGGCGCGCGAGGCUGGAUGGCGCAGACUCUCAGUUCUCGGGCGCGUCAUGCAGCUCCACGGCAAAUGGGUCGCUGCAACUGGCCGGGACAGAUGGCGGCACCGCGCCGGCUGGAAGCGCACGGCUACAUGGGCAGACACGUUCAUCUCUUGGAAGGGAACGUCGUGGCGGGAACUUCGCGGAGCCGGCUGGUCUCAGCACGUCGAAGAGUACGUCGCGCACGCGCUGGACUUCUUCG